UCCAUUGCGGUUCAUAAUGGUCACCAAUGCCGAGGUCUGGUCAAAAAGAUAAGCUUGUUGGACCCUUGCGAGGUCUUUUUUUAUUUUAUCAUCAUCAUUAUUAAUCUUGAAACUGAAAACAAACUUUACUCGCGCCUGUCUGGGGAGGGGCAGGAGGGAGCCCGGAGGGAAAGUGGGAAAGUAGAUUUUGGGGCAGCUCGCCUCCAGAUUCAGACGGCUCAGACGAACAUGGACGAGUCCGCGGAGCUGACGGGAGGAUCGAACGACGCGCUGCGGGCUCCGGUUUGUUUGUAGCGAGCCGAGGACCCCGAGAGGAGACGGAUCAGCUGGUGAACCAGACGUGGCGUGAGAAGAGACCCGUAGUUUAGCUGCUCCGAAGUUCACGCGAAUGGUUCAGCGCGCCUAUCUCUGACUUCGUAUAACCUCAAGUGGAGUUUUGUGUGUUUGUGUGCGUGUGUGUGUUUUUGAUUCAUUAUAUCCAUGACAACCUGACAUUAAGCGGCGGCUCGAUUCACUUGGACGAUCGCUGUCAACAGUUUGUGGGACAUGGGUUUUGGACUUAAAGUUUCGGGGACAGCUUUAGUCAUGACUGCCACAAAAGACACCACGCAAGCGUCGUAAGAUCAUCAUUACUAAUAUUACUAUUUUUUUUAAUUUCACAACCCUACGCUUGUUGAGCAGGGAUGCAAAAGUCCAAUUUCACCAGUACACACACCAGCACGCUGCCCCGGGACGCUGAACUUCAGCUGCGCUUAGCCGACAAUGGAGGAGCUGGGGAGGCGAAGGAGAACGGAGCAGGGAAACACUUCCUCCCCCAGCAUGAGGAGAACUCCCUGUGCACCAAGCGGAGGAUGCUAGUCGGUCUGGACGUGCUGUGUCUUUGUGUUGCCUCCAUCCCAUUCUUUGCAUGUGAGCUGAAGGCGGUGACCCCAUAUAGGAGAGGGUUCUUCUGCGGCGACUCCAGCAUUACCUACCCCUUUCUGGAGAGAGAGGCCAUCCCUGACAGCCUACUCAUUGCCGGGGGCAUCAUCAUUACCGGCCUCACGAUUGCGCUUGGCGAGUGUUACCGGGUGCGUUUCCGGGGCGUGCAUUCGCGGGCCUUCGUGCGCAACCGUUACGUGUCGUGCCUGUACAAGGAGCUGGGCAGUUUCCUAUUUGGCUGCUGCGUGGGCCAGUCGCUCACCAACAUGGCCAAGCUCAGCGUGGGCCGCCUGCGACCCAACUUCCUGUCUGUCUGCAACAUCACCUAUGCGUCCAUCAACUGCACCCCGGGCAGCUAUGUGUCCCAGGCCACCUGCAGGCAGUCCAACCACAAGAUGGUGGAGGAGGCCAGAGCUUACUUCCCUCGGUCAAAUCGUGUAAAUAACGUGUUUCCAAUUCAGUCGCAGAGUGAAAGUGGCCCUUGGGGUCCUCGCAAGCGUCUCUUCCAGUCAGCCGCGAUUAAGACGGAAAACGGCUGCAUGGAGCAUACCAAUAAGGCCUCGUUUGCCAGCCUAGAGGUCAUACCCUCGCAUGCUGGUGUCGAGCGCAGCGUCGCAGGGUGGCCCGCCCCCUUCAGCUACCUGCACCCUCCUCGGUACGUGUUCCUCGAAGCUGUUGAGCAACAGGUGGCCCAGUAUGGCAUGGCAGGUGAUGACGGCCAUGAGAAAGCCAAGAAAGAGACGCUCUUCGUGGAAAUCGAGGAAUGA